GUGUGUUGGGCGGAGCUCCUCCCGGCUAAAACCGAAAAAGAUGGAAAUCUCAACACCACAAAAACCCGAAACAUAUAAAGACCAGGAACAACCCCUUCACAGUCAAGCAUACGACCAGAAACAUGUCGACCCCUACCGUAACUCUCGAAAAUGGAUCCAAGAUGCCUCUUGUUGGCUUUGGCUGCUGGAAAGUAGACAAUGCAACUUGUCAAGAGACAGUUUACAACGCCAUCAAAACGGGGUACAGACUGUUUGACGGCGCGGCUGAUUACGGCAAUGAGCGUGAAGUCGGUGCAGGUAUUCGUCAAGCGAUUGAUGAGGGCCUUGUGAAACGCGAAGAGCUAUUCGUCACAACAAAAUUGUGGAACACGAACCACGCCAAAGAGCAUGUCACUGAAGCCUUUGAGCGCAGUUUGAACGAUAUGGGUCUUGAUUACGUUGACCUCUACCUCAUCCACUUCCCCAUCGCAAUCGCCUAUGUUGACCCAGCAACCCGCUACCCACCUGGCUUCUUUUAUGAUGGCAAAAGCGAGCUCAAGCUUGAGAAUUCGCCAAUGCAUGAGACUUGGGCAGGCAUGGAGGAGGUCUUUGCCUCUGGUCGUGCCAAGAACAUUGGUAUCUCCAACUUCAACGGUCAGCUGAUUAUGGAUCUUUUGCGUUAUGCUAAGGUACACCCUGCUGUGCUACAGAUUGAGCACCACCCGUACUACGUCCAGCAGCAGCUGCUUGAUUUCUGCAAGGAAAAUAAGAUUGCAGUAACGGCCUACUCGUCGUUUGGUCCUACCUCGUACUUGGAGCUCAACCAGAAAUUGGCACACGGCACACCCACGUUGCUCGACCGCCCAUUAGUCAAGGAGAUUGCAGAAAAGCACGGCAAAACCAACUCGCAAGUCUUGUUGCGAUGGGCCACACAGCGCGGUGUUGCAGUGAUUCCGAAAUCCAACAACCAGGGUCGUCUUGAGCAAAACUUGGAUGUGUGUUCAUUCGACUUGGAGCAGAAGGAUCUUGACCAGCUUACUGGAUUGGACAAGCACCUCAAGUUCAACUCGCCCGAGUUGUAUGGUAUCCCCAUCCUAGCUACCUUUGCCUAGACAUCCUUCUCAUAGACACUGAUGAAAUACUUGACAAGCCAUUCGCAUAUGAAUUUUGAAAG